AAUUUCAGAGGAUAGCUUUCGUUGAUUCAGGGAUCAAUUGAGCCAGGCCGCGUUAAUCCGGACAGUGCCGUUUUUCAUAAAAAAAUGUUCGGAUAGUGAAACGUUCGGUUUGCUGAAACAUGUCCAGUACACCACACUGCAGUAGAGUUACUUCCCUUUCACGCGACUGAUGGAGACAAAAGAACUGGCACCACACCCACCAACCAGUGCAACUCGAGAUGGAAGAGGGGGCCUUCAAGUCCACGCUAAUCCACCGUGCAAAGACGGUGGAUUGCCGUGUGCAGCAGAUGCAGAUUUGGCGAAGGCACCUUCUCCUCAGCUCCCCGGUUGUUCGAGCAGAUCUACACCUUGCAUGCUGAGUAUCAAGGCCACAUGUUCCAGUUCGUGUACUGUUUGCUGCCGAAUAAAUCUGAGGAUACAUACAGUAAGCCCCGGAACACUUGUGUCAGAUGGCCCAUCAGCUGAACUGUUUCCUCGAUCAAAGGACAACAACAUCAUCGGUGUCCUGGACUACACUGAUCACGUCCCUGACCUGAUCCACCCUCAGUGAUCCAUCAAUGUGACUUACCAGUGAACAGUCUGUGACUCAAACAUUUAUUGUUAUUUAUUUAUUAAAUUAUUAUUUAUUAAAUGACUACGGUAUCAGACGA